AUGGAAAGUUUUUGGGGAGCAAAGGCUGUGCCUCAGAACUCAACCAAGAGGUACUUGAUUGGGUCAUCCAAAUGGGUGGCAUGCGAGCUACUCAAAACCAGUGAGAGGCUGGAGAUGUACUAUAGCUCAACUGCCGAAUUGGUUGGCCAGGAGCUUGAGUGGAUCAAUGACAUACUCGGGACUGAUGGGGGUAUUUCUGAGAUGUCAGUGAAACUUCAGGCCUGUGUUAGUGUUGCGUGUGACAUUACUGAUACCGCAAACAUGUCAAACACAGCAGCCACUGUUGCUAGCGAAUCGACCUCACGGAAGAGAGAGAUUUCGCUGUUGGAGGCAUCCCCACUUAAAAUUGAGCCCAAGAAAUCCAGGCAUUCGAUGGGAGCUGAAAUGGCUGAGUUGUCGAAAAAAUCGUUCCCAGAGAUUAAGGUUCAAGCUAUAGAGACAGGCCAUAUAGAAAAGAUGGAGGUCGACGUCACGAAUUCUGUCGAGCAAGCAACUUCUGGCGUUACCGAGGUUAUAAGUGAAUUGGAAAUCGAUAAAUCUGUCUUACCAGAAUCAACAGAGAUCCAGGUGUCGGGCGAUGUGAAGGAUGUCACUAGUAGGGCUGAGCAGUACUUGGUGCAUGAAAUGCCACAGCAGCCCGAACCAAGCUCUACUGUUGGAAAAAUCGAGCCUGAAGUUGUCACUGUUGCAUUGCCACAACAUCAGGACUCGGAUCUACCUACAAAUAAUGCUGCAGAUGCUCAAAAGGCUACGAUAGCAACCGAUCAAGGUUCUCCAAAAAGAAAAACACUCACUCGCAAAACUCCAACUGCUCAGAAAGCCGCAUUUGCUUUUGCGACGCUUCCCUCAAGAGGUCCUUUGACUUCAAAAUCAGCCAAGUCACAGGAUACGAGAAGUGAGCCCAGCAAAGUGGCCUUGAUGAAUAAGAACAAACAAGGUGUUAGAUUGCUUUCUGCUGCAUUGAAUACUGACGUGAAGACUGACCUGAAGAGCGAUGUGAAAACAGACGCCAAGACUGACUCGAAGAUCAAGUCUUCAGACACGACAAAACCAACUAGAGACAGCUUCUACACCCAAUUGACUGUUUCGCCUACUCCCAAACCGCUGGCGCAGCACAGUGUGAGAGAUGCUGAUUGGUUGGCAAAGAAUAUGAUGAUGAAGAAGAACCCACAAGAGGACUCGCCGUUUAUAGAAACAAAGGCAGUGAUUCCGCCUCUCAAAACUGGCUGGCUUACUGUCCCCCCACUGGGACAGCCUUCACUCUCAUCGCCAAUCAACAACGGUGGAUCGCCUAUCAAACAACCAAGCACGAAGUCCUUCACAAAGACAUCAAAAAUCGAACGUACCAGUCUACUAGGCUCAUUUGCUCGGAGAGUGAUGUCACCCAUAAAGACUGCACUAUCUCCAAAACAAUCGAAGGUGACUGCCGAAGUGGUUCAAAAACCUAUCCUACAGCCUUCAAACUCCCAGAGAAAGUCCCCUGCUCGCCCAGACGUUUCCCAUUUCAUGCAGCCAACUCAAGCAAGUGUUGCGAGAAUGACUGCAGAGCAAAGGAUAAAGGUCUCCAGAGAGUCGCCAACUCGUUUUGAGAGAAACGCAAUUGAUCGGUCAAAAGAUACUACCGAGACCGAUUUAAUAUCCUCCAAAAGGUCAGUGUUAUCUCCUGUUUCACGUAUCGAGUUCAGAGGUACUUUUGCUAAGUCAGAAGCCAAAAGCAGAAUACACAAGCCAGAGUUUUCGCUACUUAAGCAUCCUCUUGGUAUCAGACGUGAGGCAGAUGCCAGGCUUGAGGCCAGUAAGUCUCGCGGGACUUUGAACAUUGCACAGCCUGCUCCGUCUGUUAUUGCCAGAAAAGCAGCUUCUAAUGAGAAAACAAAGCCGUUGCACAGAGUGGUUUCCACUAAUGAGAAGACGAAACCAUUCGAGAAGGCAGUUCCUAAUGAGAAGAAUACAAUUGACAGAACAGCAUUGACCAAGCCGGUUCCUCUUACAACAUUGUCGCUAUCCACACAUCCUUCGAAGGUUUUACCAGUGAAAGCAAUGAUGAAGCCAGAUUCCGAUUUGGCUAAACAACGUCAAAGUGCUUCGCGAGAGGGACUGAAUAGAACAUCUCGGUCUUAUGCCAGAACCACCAUGCGAACAUCCCAAUCUUCCAGAAACGCUGUCACGGGCAAAAAGCUCUCUGUUGGCUUGAAUUUGGUGAAUAGCGAGGAGCAUGACCUAGUGGUACCAAAAGAGACGAGGCAAGAGUUUAUUCAGAGACUAUCGUCGAACCUUAAGUCGUCUGCUUCUUCCAAGGUGUUGAAAGAAAAGCAUCUAAACGAAAAGAAAUCUUUCGGAACAAAGAAUUCUCGCGUUUUGCAGACCACAAGGGAUACCAUCAGAGACGUCUCGGCGAAGAAACAUCCGAUCAAGUCCCUCUCAAAGGAACCGGUACCCUUCAACGAGACUUUGCCUGAGAUAUUCUCUGAUGAUGACCAAGACAGUGCACCUUUCAAGGAUUGGGCAAAAUCGCCGAAUCUUGCAGGAAUCUUACUCUCUCAACAGCGCAUUGACCCAAGCACCAUCUUUGGCCAGAUACCCAAGGUCACGGACGAUGUGUUCAAGACCUACGAUAAAAGACGGCCACGCACAUCCUCAGCCCAAUGGAAUCCAAAUGAUAUGGUGACUGAAGAGGAGAAGGAGAAUUACAAGUUGAAAAUGGGGUUUCAGUCUUCCCGUAUUGUAUAA